AUGAGUACAUCUCUUAAUGCGGACAAAUCUACUGAACAGGACUUCCUCAAAGAAACACGUUUUAUAGGAAAUUGUAUGUAUAAACAGGUUGCAUCUCUCCUUAACGGUCUUCAGGAAUGUCGUCAAAAAGGUCUAUACACAGACGUGAUUUUGUGUGCAUCGGGGGAGGAGUUCCCUUGUCACAAGGUUGUGCUUGCCGCCAGCUCUCGUUAUUUUAAUGCCAUGUUCCUAACCCCAUUCGCGGAGCAACAGACGUCUCGAGUGAACUUGAAACAGGUCUCUCCCUGGGUGCUACGAUACCUUAUUGAUUUCGCCUAUACCGGUCGCUUGGCGCUCAGUACCACGGUAGUUCAGGACAUCUUCGUCGGGGCCAACUUCCUCGAUUACCCUUUGGCCGUCGAAGCCUGUAUCGACUUCAUGAAAAAGCACCUCCACAUCUCCAACUGCCUCGGGGUUCAACUGCUGGCAGAGGUAUAUGAAUUUCCCGAUUUGGCCAAGAGUGCUCGUAUCAUGGCUGUGGAAAAUUUCUCCAAUCUAGUGAAUCCAGAUGAGUCUAUGAUAGGCGAGUGGCUACAGCUUCCAUUGAAAAGUGUGGAAUCCUACCUCUCUGCUGACGACCUCGAGGUGCGCUCCGAGCGGGUAGUUCUGGAGGCCUGUCUGGCCUGGGUUGCGUACGACCCUGAGAAACGCAUCUCCCAUCUUCCUGGUCUCCUUCAUCUCGUUCGACUUUACCAGCUUUCCCCUACCCUCCUCCGUACUUACACAUCUUCUUCCAGCAUUAUUCACGAAUCACCCACCGCUCUGUUGUAUAUUGAGCAAGUGAUCAGCAGAAUGGAGGGAAAGUGUGAUCAACCAGUUUCUGUUGUCAACGGCAACACUAGCGCUGUCACUGCCGCAUCACUUCUGCCUCGUCCCUCCACACUGAAGCGUCCCACUCUCGUUGCCGUCGGUGGAAUCAAUUCCACUUACAUCUUAGACUCUGUGGACGCCUUUUCUUUCGUUCGUGGACGGUGUCUUCCCUGUCCACCGAUGCCCGUGAGCAGUCUGACUUGGUUUUCUGCUGCGGUGGCUGACAAUACUCUCGUCAUUACCGGUGGCAUUCAUGCUGGGGAAAUAGUCUCGACAGUUUAUCGAUUCAGUGUGGAGGAGAACACAUGGAACCAGGGUCGAAGCAUGCCCAUUGCACGAGCCCGUCACACCUCCGUGGCAGUCCGCGGCGGCCAUGUCUUCCUUUUCGGUGGCGUAACAGUUGUCCCGGCAACAACUCCCUUUCCUGAAUCCUCCGAGCAGAGCGGACAAACGGAGGUAGCGGUGGAGGGAGUUGAGGCGGGCAACUCAUGGGGUAGUGAGGUUCCCGAUCUCCUCCUAGUGGACUCUAUUGAUCGAUACGAUGUGUGGCGGGAUGAGUGGACCACAGUGGGGCGUUCGCGAUAUCCGCGACAAAUGUCCUCUGUCGCUGUUGUCUCGCCUCUGCAGGUGACCGAGGGGUCCCCGCCUCAGAUGAUCGGAGAGCGAGAAUCAGAUGUCUGUGCAAAUGCACCAACCCACACAGUAGUGGAGUUGGGCGGCACUCUCGAUGUGGAGUCGGACUUGAUAUCCGAAAAGAUGGCCAUCUACCACAUCAAGCCCGACCUCUGUGUCGACUCGGCGGAUGAUUAUAUCGCCCUUCUGCGGCCAGUGCGCUACGCCAAGUGCGUCACCAACCAGUUGGGGAAUUUAGUGUACAUAUUCUGGGAGGCAAGUGGUGAACUCUCGGUGUUGGAUUUCCAUCGUCAAUCGUUGCGCACCCUGCGGUCUCUUACGGAGGCGGGACGGUCAGAUGGCGGCUACUGUGCUGUCCACUGCGGCUGCGCGUGGGUCGACGGGCACCUUUACGUCGUUGGCGGAUUUAGCGCUUUUCUGGGUGCUAAUCAAAAACGUCCCAUCGCUCCCCGACACUCCAUCCACUGCUACGAUCCCUGCACAGAUGCCUGGUCAGUUUUCGGUCCUCAUUACGCGCUCGCUGCUUAUCACAUCGCUUGGUACAAAUAG